GAGAGGGAGCACGAGUACGGGAGACAUAGUUCCUUAGUUGUUUUGUUUAGUGAAGGACUAAAAUUUGCUGCCAUGUGAAAUUGUUUAGGAAUAAUUCACAUAUUCUAAAUACCACGAUGAUCACGCCUAGAUAUCAAGUUGAGCAAACCGAGGAGAGUUUAGUAUUCCGAAUUCAUGCGCCUUACACGGAUGUCAACGAAUCUGAAAUAAACGUGGACGAGAAUAUCGUGUGCUUCUCUGCCUCGCCGUUCUAUUUAAGGCUGCAUCUGCCAGGCCCUGUGAUCGAGGAUGGCAAAUCCAAAGGGUAUUUUGACGUCGACUCCGGAGACUAUGUUGUCACGCUGUCCAAAUGCAACAAAGGACAGCAUUUUGAAAAUUUAAAAAUGACUAAUAUUUUAAUACAAACUCCGUCAGGAAAAGCUAUUCCUAAAAUAGAAGUCUUAGGAGAACCAAAUGUAUCACAAGAGCUGUUGGAUUUCGAUUGGUACAUUGAUCAAGAAAUUGAGGAGGGAUCUCUUGAUGACUCUCUGCUUCUUCCUCAAUAUGGUUUCGCACACCAGAAGUGCGGAGUUCUAAGGCACAGGGAGGCUGAUCUGCCAGAGUUAAUGGACCUGCAAUCACCUGAUGACACACCUUCAUCAGAACGGGAAAAACUACAGGAAACCUGGGAAAACAAGCACUUCAGCCAAGAUCACUACCUCGCAGACUGGGCUGAAGAGGAGGAAUUGAUUUUGCCCUUGCUUGCAGACAAGAAGGGCUUGGUUCCAAAGUCUGAUGAAUUCAUUGCCAGUGAGCAGGAACAGCUUCUUAGACUGCCUAAGCUAGAAAUCUUGAAGCUGACUCAAGAUGAGCAGAAAUCAGCACUUUUGGGCCUGGCUGAAAUUGUGUUCUGCUGGGCACAUGAACAAAUUACAACCCAAGGUGAUCUCAGUUUCGAGAGUGCUAGAUCGAUACGAAGGCUCAGUGCAACGUUCAGCUGGCUUAGAAAAUUUACUUCAGUGCAGAAAUUGACUUUGUCCUGCAUGAGAAGAGCUCUUUGCAUACCUCUAUACAGAAACUGGAAGCUAGCAAAUGCUGCAAUGGAGCUGACUAUCACUAUUUUAAAAAAUGGACGAAUUGCUGUGAUCAAGUGCCUCUUGGACCUGAUGAAGAAUUUCGCAAACUGUGAAGGUUACCACAUUCACACUCAGCUGUAUUUGGAGCCAUAUUCUCUCUGGACCCAAACCUUAUCCGAUGAAGUGCUGUCCAAACUUGCUGACUCAUUAGCAAAGCACAAUCCUAAAAAGGAUGACAUUGGCUGGGAUCUGGAAGAGUUGGAGACCGCAGGGCGGAUAACCUUGGAAGAAGAAAACGCCCUGGACAACCUGACCAAGCAGCUGAAAACUAGUCUAAACGUCAGAUGCGUUGAGGAGGACUCUGAUGAUACAGACGAUGACUCUGAAUGGGAAACAGACAGUGAGGAUUCAAGUGAGAGCAGCGAGGAAGAACCCACUGAAAGCUCUAUGUCGGAGACUAAGGUGGAAUAAAAUAAUAAUACGGUUGAAUAAACUUUGUACAUGGUUGUCUCUUUUUAAUCUAAAA